UCCAUACCAAAACUUGUAUUACAGAGAUAUAUAUAAGAAAUCUGUACUUGACACAGAAGUUGCUUUGGUCCGAUGAUAGGCCAUGACACUGAAUCUAGGUCAUUUGAGAAAGGUCACCGAUAUUGGUUUGGGUUCUUGUACAGGCCAUCAUUGGAUUCUGAUAUUUGGUUUCAAAACUGGGACCUAUGCUCGGAACUUAGACGGAGGUCACACCUUUUGGUAGGUGUAGCACACAUAGUAGGUGUUGCACAUACAAGAAAUCUGCUUUAAGGCCAAGUAUAGGUCCCAAAUUUUAUAUGAGUAAUAGAUUUUCGCAGGAAGUUCAGCAACAUACAAUUAAACAAUCAGCCUUCAUUAGGAUUAACAUUUCAAUCAAAACACGUACUAUGUAAUUUAUUAGGGCCUUGUCUAUAGACGGGAACCUUGUAAUUAUAGUGAUUGAACUGUGAGUCCGUCCGUGCUAGGGUCCAUGCAUUGACAGUUUUCCGGACCUUUUGGUUAUCUUUCAGCUAUUGAAUUUAUAUCUUGGGCGACUGUAUAGAAUAGACUAGUACGUGUACUACUGGUCUAGGUUGUUAGGUAAUAGUAGGUAAAAAAAAAAAAAAAAAAACCUGACGGAGAACUUCAAUAGAUACCAAAAUCUUUUUAAAGUUUGAAGGAAUCCUACGGUAGCUUGAUUUCAGUUGGUCGGGUGAUCACGUAGGCAAACAGAUUUUAAUUUUUGGCUUUGUGAAAUAUUUUUAACAAUAGUUAUAUUGCCUUUGCUCAGAGUUGCAGCUACUUAGAAAUCAUCUAUAUAUUAGCAUAUUACGGUAGAAUAACUUAUACUGUCACUAAAUGUUACAAUACGCACCACAGUAACUCUAAGACGUGCUGCGAUAUUCGAUUUCUAUAUAUUUUCUGAGUGUUCGGAACAGGAAUAGCAGUCGAUCCAUGCCAUUGUAAUUGAAGUGUUUAUGCAAGUUCUACAACAGAUGUGUAAAGCUCACAUAGACUUUCCGCUCUAUUCAAAUUUAAAAACAAUUGUGUAGACUUAGUCCAUGAUAAUUUAAACGCAAUCAAUAAUUUCUGUAGUAUAUUUAUUCACCCAUUCUAAAGUCUCUCUGCAUAGAAAAGAUACGUUGAUAGAAGGAGUGGUGUUGGAUUAAGAUCAUGUACAAGUAUCUUUUGCUGUUUCUUUUGGAUUUUUUCUAUUAUGUGUAUGCUCUAUCAGGAUGCUACACGCUGGAUUUCGUUCUAAGAAGAGCCAAGUCUACAUGUAUUGUUGCUUGUGUAACAAAUGGUCGCCAUCAGGCCGAUCCCUGCGAGGGACAGGAAGAAUUUCAACACUUAAGACAAGUGUCAAUGAAGAAUGCUUCAGGAAUUCUGGUCGGAUACAUUGAUGUGAAUGACAAGUGGCCCGAUGGAAAUCGCAUCAUUGAAGGACAUGGAAGUAUUGGAGUUGGGGACCUAGUUCUUUUCCAGAAAGUCCAAAGGGAUAGAUCCGAUGUAAUACCUAUCCCGUACCCCAAAAGCCUCGUUCCAUUUGUGUACAGAAGUGAAGAAGGAACUACACAGCUAAUGGAUUUUGUAAAUGAUGGUUGUAAUACUUACUUCUCUAACACAGGAGCUUUAUCUAAACAAGGUGUUCAUCGAGAUGAAAUUCGAAGAUCAAAGUUUUUCGUUAAAAACAUUUCCAAUGUACAGUCAAAACAUGUAUUUUUUCAAACGUGUUCUGAAAAUGAGGAAUUUUGUUAUUCGGAUCGUGAUUUUCAACCGCAUGGCAGUAUUCCUAGACUCCAUGGCAGUAUUCCUAGACUCCCUGAAUGCGAGAAAAUAGAUCUUCCUGCGAGGGAUGUCUUUUUUCAUAAGUAUUUGAAAAUAUCCAAGCCCGUUAUAUUCAAAAAUGUUUUAAAAGACUGGCCAGCUUUUACAAAAUGGUCGAAUAACUACUUGAGAGAAAAAUAUGAUAAAUAUGAAGUUCGGUUCCAGCUGACACCACAAGGCGAAUACGAAAGAAUCGAACCCAGAAAUAGUUGGGAAAAUCAUGAAAAAUUCAAGAUUCCCCGAUCACAUGCAGACCAUAUGCUUACCCCAGAUCUCGUGUUAGUGCGACCUGCCAUUGAAGAUAGAAAUUUUUCAUUUUUCAUGGACAAAUUGGAGGGAAUUUCUAAUGGAUCUAUUUCUAAUAUGUCCGUUUACUUGGAAUAUGCUUCCAUUUCUAAGUAUCUACCGGAACUGGAGGAAGAUAUUCGCGAGGAAAUGUUCUUCGAUGGCCUCUUGAAAAGGGACAUGUUGAAUCUUUGGCUUAGCGAUGGGAAAACACUUGGGAAAACUCAUUUCGAUGCGAGUGAUAAUUUUCUUUGUCAGAUAAGCGGCAAGAAGCAAGUGAUUCUGUUCGAUCCUCACAACAACCAUCAAUUAUACGAAGGCCACAUCCCGGAAGCCAUCAUGACAUACAACUUUACAUCUAAAUCGUUUCAAAGACGUGAAUUGCUGGAGACCACAGUUCAUGUAUGGUCGCCUGUUGACAUUGCAAACCCUGAUUACGGAAGGUUUCCAUUGUUUGGAGAAACCUAUCCCAUGAACUGUACCAUAGAGGAGGGCGAUGUUCUCUACCUGCCAGCUUUCUGGUGGCACGAGGUUCAGUCGUUUCCUAACACUACAGCAGGAAGAAAUCUGGCCAUCAACUUUUGGUACAAUCCAUUUUUAACACGAGAUUAUCCGUGUCCAGAGUGCCAGUUAGAUGUCAAUUCAGACUAUAGACAUUUGUUGUGACGUACAAGGAUUUACCCUCUAACAUUAGACUUUAACCAAGUUGUCCGGGGAACAGUAAUUAUAUACUAGUAUAUAUACAUAUAUCAAUUUUUAUUUUCUGUUAUUAACAUCCAUACCAUGCACAACUUACAUGUAAUUUUUACUGUUUUAUUCACAAGUGAAUACUUAUUUUUGUGAUUUUUAAUGACAUGUUUUGAUAUUCAAAUUUUUCAAAGGUCCAGUAUUUUAUUGCAAAUUAUCUCUAGUAUAUUCAACUUUGAUUACAAUAUACAUGAAAUAAAGCCUGCAUACAAUUCAGUAUUAUCGUUUGUAAAAUAGAAAAGUUCUAGGAUUUGAAUUAAAAGUUUGAAAUACGUUUUCAUAUUUUUAUUGGUACAUUUGCAAUAAAAUAAUUGCUGUCCUACCAGUGUUGAAAAUAAAAAUAAGUUGGAGUCCUAUCAGUAUGUAAGCCAAAAUGAUUAGUGUCUUAUCGUAUUUUGCACGGGUCCUAACUCCCCAAUAAAUAUUGACAGGUCCUUUAUAUAUUUCAGUAAUGACACCAGUAUUUAAUUAUUUCAACCCCCCCCUUUUUUAUACCUCAAAGCAGGCCCAUCAUUAUGUGAUUUUGGUGAUUGAAUAACUAUUGUUUUGCAAGACAAUACUUCUUCCUUAUAUAUUUCUUUACACUAAAAGUGGUUAUCUAACGUAGUUUUAUAAAGCUUCUCUUCUUUUUGUUCAAAAUAAAUGUUUUUAUUAGCCAUUAAUAUAUAUUCAAUCAUAUGCCAUUGAGAGAUUCUGAAAAAAGGUUGUCAUUAUACUUUCACAUCUAAUGCCCCUUUAAUAAUACAUGGACUAUAAUGGCAUUCACAUCGAGGUUGUGCUUGUGUGGUUAUGAGAUGAUGUUGUUGCAGAUUUAUUUGACAAAGUUAAUGCAUAUGAAAUGAAUAAAAUUAUAGUAGUACUAUUUGUAUGUAGAAACCUGCAGUUUAAAUCAUUGUGACUGUGUGUAGAUUGAUAUUGUAUAUAGAAUAACUAUAUAGGCCUGUAUGUGUGGUUUAUGUGAGAAUCCCUGAAUAACUACUGUCUCACUGUACAAUGAAUGACCAGAGUAACUACAUGUAUACUAUUAUGACGUUAUAGGAAGCUAAACACUUUCAUAGAAUGUAAAGCCUAAAAGUAUUAUAUAUACAUGUAAUGUUAUAGCCAUCAAGCAAUUUUACACUCCUCUCUGAUUAUAUUCAUUUUCAUGGGAAAACUUAUUAUUUGUUAUACUUAUACUAUGAUAAAUUUCUAAACUUUA